AUGCGCCAGGAUGCGUGCGCUGCUUAUUUUAGGCCUUUUGAGCCUGGCCAGUGGCCAAUUAUCCGACUGCACUUGUUCAUAUACGACCACGGGGCUGCAUCAGCCGUCACAGUUGCGACAGACAAGUCUGGACAGUUCACGGCCAUUGGCGAUGCUAUUUCCUAUGCGCAACACAACGAAGUUCCCACUGUGACCGUUCUAGCGGGUACCUACCCUGCCGUCACUGUUUCUGCAACUCCGUCUGUCGCUGUGAUUGGGGAAAGCAAAAGUGACGAUGACUCCUCGCAGAAUGAAGUUGUAGUUUCUGAAGCGGGAACGGCCCUGACAAUAUCCGUCAAUGUGGAUGGCAUCACGUUUCAAAAUCUCAAUUUUGUCAACACGGGAGCGGAUGACCCCGCCGUGAAGAUCAAAGGGAGCAAGCUUGCAUUCUACGCCUGUCAAUUUGUUUCGGCGGGACCCGUCGGACUUGAAACGGGCCUGGGUGUGGGGAUUAUCGCGAACAGUUAUAUCGAAGCCCAGGAAACAGCCAUCGACGGCCAAGCAACAUUGUAUAUUUUCAACACGGAUAUUGCACUCGUUGAGGACUCGGCAAUUGUUGCCUACACAACUGGUACCGACUUGGAAGGCACGCUGUAUAACUCCACCAUUGUUUUCGAUGAAGCGACAGUAUCCCCCAAACGAGGCGACCGGAGCGACAGGGGCUACUUGGCGAAGGCCAAAGGCUUGGGAUCGGUGGUGAUCUACCGAGGCUCAGACCUUGAUGGGUUUAUCGCCGACACUGGAGUUUACGUUGAUGAUAUCACCCAGGACGGGAGCAAUCUCUACGGCGAGUACGCUGAUACAGGAUCGGGGGCGUACCCAAGUAACAAAGACGCCAGAUCGCCAUACGUUGCGCUCUUGGAUGACUCCAGUAUCUCUCAAUUCACGCUAAGUGCAGUAUUUGCGGGCGCAUACCCUGAUUUCGCCACGACAGAUAUCAGUUGGAUCGAUCACACUGUUUUAGACGAAAUCGGAAAAGCAGAUGAAAUCAGUCCUGCAGGGACAAGCACAGGAUCGGACUCCUCCCCAUCGCCAACGAGCUCGACUUCCCCAGAUGCGUCAUCCUCUCCUUUGGUAGUCUCAACCGAUUCAUCAGAUGGUCAAUACACAAGCGUGCAAGAUGCCAUUUCCGCCCUUCCAGAUGAUGGAAAACCUUAUGUGAUUGAGAUCAGGAGUGGCGUGUACAAAGAGCAGAUCUCUAUUACCCGGGCUGGAAUGGUUACGCUGCGUGGAUGGCGUCGCGACGAAAAAAACGACGAUGAGAAAACGCCCGUCAUCAAUGUGAAGAAUACCGACGGCAAGACUGUGGUUGCUUUGUAUAAUAUCAACUUUCGGAACACAUCCCCGCAGAGUGGAGAUACUGUCGCACUUGCUGCGGAUUUCGACGGCCUCGUCGCUGCAUACGGCUGUUCGUUCAUCGGUUACCAUCACACGCUUCUUGUCAACAAAGGAACCCAGGUGCUUUCCAACACGUACAUCGAGGGUUCAAUUGACUUUAUCUGGGGCUCUUCCAUCGCAUACUUUCAUCAAUCAUUCAUCGCAACAAAUACCCCCGGUUACUCCAUCGCCGCACAAGAUCGUUCGUCAGCAAAGGCUAGUGGAGGAUUCGUGUUUGACGCAAGUGUGGUCACAUACACUGCCUCUUAUGGCACUUCCUUCGGGAAAACCUACCUUGGGAGGCCCUCUGCCGCUUACAGCCUUGUGAUCUAUAUGAAUUCCUUUCUGGAUAAACAAAUCAGUGCGGUCGGUUGGAGUUCCGAGGGCGAAGGGACAGAUGAUGUGACAUUCGGGGAGUACAACAAUUAUGGGCCGGGAAGCUCAUUAGACGAGCGGGCAUCCUUUGCAAAAGCUCUGACUAAGAGCCAGGCGGAAUCCUACACAUUGGCAAACUGGAUUGGUGACACCUCAUGGCUUGAUAUGAUGGCUUACAAUUAUGUCCCAUCCUAUGAUCUGUCCCGCGGCACAGAUGGUGCGUCUCCCAUAGCGCUAGAUUCCGCUACAGGUACAUCAACCGCAGAUCCAAGCGGAACAGAUGGUGCAUCUCCCACCGACGCAGGCGGAGCAGGCCCGGCCACAGGAAGCUCAACCAGUCCAAAUGGAACAGGCACUGCAGGACACCCAGACAGCGGAACGAAACCCUCGACAGGAGCGGUCCUUGUCUCUGUCUCGGGCACAAUCAACAACUCGUUUUCAUCCUUGACCGACGCGCUGAAAUCAUUGCCGUCCGACGACUCUAUGCAAGUGAUCUUCAUCUACGCAGGAACCUAUCAGGAGCAAGUUCCUUCGAUUGAUAGGAAAGGUCCAGUAAAAGUGAUUGGGUAUACAGAGGGGAAACCAGGCCAGUCUUACUCCGACAAUGAGGUUACCAUCACAUUUUCCAGGGGACUUCCUAUGUCCUCAGGUUCAUCUGAUCCAUCCAGCUCAAGCGAUUCGAGUACCGCCACCAUUUCCACCACUUCAAGCAGAAUCGCGUUUUACAACAUCAACAUCAUCAACGGCGAUAACCUUGACGGUUCACAGACAUCCUAUGUCGCAGUCGCAGCAUCCAUAUCUGGAUCGCAGACUGGAUUCUACGCUUGCAGCUUUAUCGGCUGGCAGGAAGCCCUACUGACUGGCGGUGCUGCUGCAUUGCAAUACUACGAGUCAUCUUACAUCGAGGGUGCUGUUGAUUCCAUUUCCGGAUCUUCAACAGCAUACUUUAAGGGAUGCACCCUUGGUGCAAAGUCGAAGGGUGCUGCUUUCACAGCGCAGAGCCGGCCAUCCGAAAAGGCUGGGGGCUACAUUUUCGAUCAAUGCCUUUUUGGUGCCGCUGCAGACGCCACGGGGGAUCUCACGAGUUCAGUCUAUUUGGGCCGCCCACGUUCAGAGUACUCCCUUGUUGUGAUCAAAAUGUCCCAUCUGACCGGCAUAAUAAAUCCGUCAGGAUGGAAAGUCUGGUCAUCUACAGACCCUCGAACCGACCACAUCACUUUCGCUGAGUACAAGAAUACCGGCCCGGGAAAUUGGGAGAAUAACGCAGAUGCUCGGCAAGCAUUUGGAUCUGCUACGCUUCUCAGCGCCGAUACCUAUACCUUAUCUGAUGUGAUGGGCUCUACGAACUGGAUCGACCUCACAUAUUGGGAUUUAAUAACAACACCAAAUGCCGAAUUAGGGGCCGCGUCAUCCCCCGGCCCGCCGACCACCACUUCGGAUAGCACGACACCCUCGGACAGCACGACACCCUCGGACAGCACGACACCCUCGGACAGCACGACACCCUCGGACAGCACGACACCCUCGGACAGCACGACACCCUCGGACAGCACGACACCCUCGGACAGCACAACACCAUCAGAUGGGGCAUCACCUUCAGACGGGACAACACCAUCAGAUGGGGCAUCACCUUCAGACGGGACAACACCCCCAGACGGGGCAUCACCUUCAUACGGGACAACACCCCCAGACGGGGCGUUCAUCGUCUCUAAGACAAGCAUCGCGGACAAGAAGGUUUAUGACACAAUCCAAAGUGCUCUUGAUGCCUUGCCGACCUCAGCCAGUGCCUCAUCCACUGUGUUCAUUUACCCUGGCACCUAUGAUGAGCAGAUCGUGGUCACAGCCCCUGGCACUGUAAUUCUCGUUGGUUAUUCAGAAGCCACGAGCGACAAUGAGAAAAAUCAAGUCACGAUUCAGAACAACAAAGCGGGGAAUCCUAGCUCAGACAAUUCUUUAACCAGCAGCGCCACUGUUUAUGCCGAUGGAAACAACCUGCAAGUGAUCAACAUCAACUUCUCCAACACGCAUAAUGGAGCCGACGACGCAUCAGUAGCAUUCGCUGUGGCAUCUGCAAAGUACGCUAGUCUUUAUAGCUGCCGGGUCACCGGCAAUCGGAACGCUCUUGUGGUCGAUGGCUUUUUCUUCGCCGCGAACAGCUACAUCGAAGGCAAUCAGGACAUGGUUUCUGGAAGUGGCGCGGGCUAUUUCCUCGAUUCAACUAUAUCUCCAAACGAAGAUGGGAUUAGUAUCACAGCAGAUAAACGGGCCACCAGUUCUACACCCGCAGGACUCAUCUUUGACCAGUGCAAAGUAACCCCGGUGGGUGGUGCAGGGGCAAUGUCCGAGAUCUCACUCGGAAGACCGCAGAACUCCAAUGCACGAGUUGCCUACAUUGAAACCCAUCUUGGGUCUUGUGUAGAGCCCAAAGGGUGGGAGAUCUGGUCCUACGCCAGUCCCAGAACCGAUGGUGUUUUGUUCGGUGAGUUUAAGAAUGACGGUCCAGGGUCCGAUACCUCCCAGCGCGUCUCUUUUGCCACGCAAUUGACCGAUACAUCUGUUGUGCAAUUCGAGAUUGGAAAUUUCUUCGAUGGACUUUCUUGGAUUGAUUUUUCGCAUGUUUACGGAACGCCUUUCAGCGUGGAACCGUCCUCGCCAAUAAGCACUUCACCAGAUGCAGGCUCUUCGUCAGCAGAUCCUUUGGGCUCAAACACCAUUACCACCAGUACCAUUCUGGUGACAACCACGUCCUCCGUGACCAUCACAGAUGCCACAGCGACCUCGGUAGAAACGAAAUCAAAUACUCUCGGCUCGGGCUCCACUAUCACACCCGCACCUGUGACUGAAACGACUACUGAAAAUGGACAAACAAUUAUUAUUGAAACAUACACCAAUGCCGAAUCCAUAAGGACCGUGACAAAAACCUCGACAGUUACGAAUAUUGUACCUGAUAAGGCAACAUACACCCGAACUGUCAUUUCGACGACCACUAUCACAUCAACUCCGCGACCCGCUACAACAACAUCGACGCUGACUAUCACUUCCGGCCCCGGGGACACAAGCACAAAGACUGGCAAGACCACAGUUUUGACUACAAGUGUGACUUCAACGAAGACCGAGACCGAGAGUAUGACAACGACCCUCAGCUGUAUACCCGCAAGAAGAAUGAAAAGAAAUCUACUCCCGCCCCGAUCAGUCCCUGCUACUAGGCCCAAGAAUCCUACAAAGAUCACAGGCUCCGCCACGACAACCAGCAUGGUCUCCAAUUUGGCUGAGUUGGGUGAUAGCACCACAACCACGAAUGUACGCCAUGUGAAAAUCACCAUCUCGUUUGUGACAUCGACUGUGACCGAAACAAAGACUGCCACUAUUGCUGCAGACACUGCCGUUGCUACAGUGACCGAGAUUGCUGGGGAUCCAAUCACUUUAGAUCCAGAGACGUUGACAUCGACCAUCACAUCACCUUCAACCACCACAUCUACCACGACUGUGGCGGCCUCUGUCGCGACAAUUACAAGCUUUACGACAACCACAACUCAGUCCACCGUAGGACCGGCUCCCUCCACUGUGAUUCUGGUAGUUGUGACGCAGACACUAACAUCUACGCUCUACUUACCUGCAUCUACCUCGACGGAGACCAAGACCAUUACCUACGAUAGUACUCCUACUACGACUGUUACCUUUCGCCCUACCUCUACGAAGACCAAGACGGUCAAGACCACCACUACCACCACUACCAGUACAGUGACAACGACUUUGAAAGAUGCUACGACCUGUGCUUCCUGA